AUGAUCUGUAUCGAAUGUACUUAUCCAGACUUACAAAAUCUUUAUUCCAAAUUUAAAAGUAACUAUAUAAAGCUUACUUUAUGUCCAAGAUGUGGUAAAGUUGCUGAUAAAUAUAUUGAAUAUGAUAACGUUCUUUUAUUCAUUGAUAUUCUCUUGUUAAAACCUCAAGCUUAUAGGCAUUUGGCUUAUAACGUUGCAGAAUCAGAACUUUUGAAAGAUUCUAUUACAUCAAUCAAUUAUACAAACCUUUCUCAAGAUGGUUCGACUACGAUAUCAGACUUGACAAAAUCUUUUAAUCGGUACAAAAAUCUCAUCAGGUUCAUGACAAUGACCAUUUUAUUUGAAGUUUACUUAAUCUGGGCUUAUGAAGAAAAGAAUAAAGCACACUCUCUAGCCUUAACAUAUAUUCUUCAAAAAAAAGUACAUCAACAAUAUUGUUUUUUCAUACUAAAACAACUCGUGGAUCAGUUUUUAUUUUGCACCUCAGUCUACAUACUUUAUAAAAAAUGGUUCAAUUGGGAUAAAAAAGUUAAUAAAAAUAUCAAUUCUGCAUUUCAGCUGAGUUAUCAUUUACUUGUGCUAUUGCUGACGAUUUUUAUAUCGAGUUCAAUCAAAACGUUUCCUAUCAUCAUGUUGAUUUGGCCGUAUGAUAAAACAUCAAUAUCUGCAACUCUAACAAAGGUUGCAGGUCUCUUGAAUACUACUGAAGCAUUGAGAAUAAAUGCCUCCUCCUCAUAUCCUUUUACGUUAUCCAUAGUGAUACUUUCAGCAUUAUUUCAGUUUAUUUGCUCACGUCUAAUUCUUGGUUUGGGUAUAGCUUAUACUUCGAAAACGAUUCACUUUAAAGACAUUUUAAUUGAUGAAUUCUGGGAAUUCAGCGAUCUUAGGAAUCUUUAUGACAGAAUAAUUGAGUAUAUUCAAAGCUAG